CGCCUCCCCCUUCCCGCCUCCCUCCCCGCCGAGCGCAGCGCCCCGAGCAUGGAACCUGCCUGAGACGCUCGGCGGGCUCCGCUCCGGCAGCUGCUGCUGCGGCACAACAUGGAGGCGGCGCCGCCGCUCCCGCUGCUGCUGCUGCUGCGGCUCCUGGCCGCCUCGGUGCUGCGCUGCGAGCCGGGCUCGGCCGGGGCGUCCCCCUUCCUGCUUUUUGCCAACCGUCGGGAUGUUCGACUCGUGGAUGCUGGAGGCACAAAGCUGGAGUCCACUGUGGUGGUCAGUGGUUUAGAGGAUGCUGCUGCGGUUGACUUCCAGUAUUCGCAAGGCAUCGUUUUCUGGACAGAUGUGAGCGAAGAAGCCAUCAAGCAAACUUACAUUAACCAAACUGGGAAUGUGGUGCAGAAUGUCAUCAUUUCUGGUCUGGUUUCCCCGGAUGGCCUGGCAUGCGAUUGGAUUGGGAAAAAACUUUACUGGACAGAUUCAGAAACCAAUAGGAUAGAAGUUGCUAAUCUCAAUGGAACAUCUAGAAAAGUCCUCUUCUGGCAAGACCUUGAUCAGCCCAGGGCAAUAGCUUUGGAUCCAGCUCAUGGAUACAUGUAUUGGACUGACUGGGGUGAAACACCCAGAAUAGAACGGGCUGGAAUGGACAGCAGCACACGAAAAAUAAUUGUUGAUUCAGAUAUCUAUUGGCCAAAUGGACUCACAAUAGAUCUUGAUGAGCAGAAACUUUACUGGGCUGAUGCAAAAUUGAGUUUCAUUCAUAGAGCAAAUCUGGACGGCUCCUUUAGGCAAAAGGUUGUCGAAGGAAGUCUUACUCAUCCGUUUGCAUUGACAUUGUCUGGGGACACCUUGUAUUGGACGGAUUGGCAGACACGUUCCAUUCAUGCCUGUAACAAACGGACAGGAGAGAAAAGGAGAGAAAUACUAUCUGCUCUAUAUUCACCUAUGGACAUCCAGGUCUUAAGUCCAGACCGGCAGCCCUACUUUCACACUCCAUGUGAAGAAAACAAUGGUGGUUGCUCCCACCUGUGCCUGCUGUCACCAAGAGACCCCUUCUACAGCUGCGCUUGUCCCACUGGUGUGCAGCUAGAAGAUGAUGGCAGAACGUGCAAAUCAGGUGCUGAAGAAGUUUUGCUGCUUGCUAGGAGGACUGACUUGAGAAGGAUUUCCUUGGACAUGCCAGAUUUCACUGACAUUAUUCUGCAGAUAGACAAUAUCAGACAUGCAAUUGCCAUAGACUAUGAUCCUGUGGAAGGCUACAUCUACUGGACUGAUGAUGAUGUUCGGGCAAUUCGUCGGGCGUACCUUGAUGGCUCUGGAGCACAGACUCUGGUAACCACAGAAAUCAACCAUCCAGAUGGUAUUGCCGUGGACUGGGUGGCAAGGAACUUGUACUGGACUGAUACUGGAACAGACCGCAUUGAAGUGACCCGUUUGAAUGGGACAUCAAGAAAGAUCCUUAUAUCAGAAAAUCUAGAUGAACCUCGUGCAAUCGUGCUCAAUCCUGUGAUGGGCUACAUGUAUUGGACAGACUGGGGUGAAAGUCCAAAGAUAGAAUGUGCUUAUUUGGAUGGAUCAGAGAGGAGAGUUCUGGUGAAUACAUCCCUGGGUUGGCCUAAUGGCUUGGCACUGGACCUUGAAGAGGACAAACUUUACUGGGGAGAUGCAAAAACAGAUAAAAUUGAGGUCAUAAAUGUUGAUGGAACAAUGAGGAAAACCCUCUUAGAAGAUAAACUUCCACAUAUAUUUGGGUUCACGCUGCUGGGUGAUUACAUCUACUGGACUGACUGGCAGAGGCGAAGCAUUGAAAGAGUUCACAAGAUAAGGGCGAGCAGAGACAUUAUUAUUGAUCAGCUGCCAGACUUGAUGGGCCUUAAAGCAACAAGUGUUACCAAAGUUUUUGGAACUAAUCCAUGUGCAGAGAACAACGGAGGCUGCAGCCAUCUGUGUUUCUUUACACCACAGGAGACCAGGUGUGCCUGUCCCAUUGGCCUUGAGCUGUUGAGUGACAUGAAGACUUGCAUCAUUCCUGAAGCCUUCUUAGUUUUCACAAGCAGAGCAGCAAUUCAUAGGAUUUCCCUUGAAACCAAUAAUAAUGAUGUUGCUAUUCCUCUUACUGGAGUCAAGGAGGCAUCUGCUCUGGAUUUUGAUGUUUCUGAUAACAGAAUCUAUUGGACUGAUGUUAGUUUGAAGACCAUAAGUCGAGCUUUCAUGAAUGGCAGUUCUGUUGAACACGUGAUCGAAUUUGGGCUGGAUUACCCUGAGGGGAUGGCUGUAGACUGGAUGGGAAAGAACCUCUACUGGGCAGAUACUGGAACUAAUCGAAUUGAGGUAGCACGCCUGGAUGGACAGUAUAGGCAGGUCCUUGUGUGGAAGGACUUGGACAACCCAAGGUCUUUGGCUCUUGAUCCUACCAAAGGGUACAUGUACUGGACAGAAUGGGGAGGUAAACCUAGGAUCGUUCGAGCUUAUAUGGAUGGAACAAACAGCAUCACUUUGGUGGAUAAAGUGGGUCGUGCCAAUGACCUCACAAUUGAUUAUGCAGACCAACGGCUGUAUUGGACUGACUUAGACACCAGCAUGAUUGAAUCGUCAAAUAUGCUAGGACAAGAACGAGAAAUCAUAGCAGAUGAUCUACCUCAUCCAUUUGGAUUAACCCAAUACAGUGACUAUAUCUAUUGGACAGACUGGAAUCUUCACAGUAUAGAAAGAGCAGACAAGACCAGUGGGAAGAACAGGACACUUAUUCAGGGCCAUCUGGAUUUUGUGAUGGAUAUAUUGGUCUUCCAUUCUUCACGUCAGGAUGGCUUGAAUGAUUGUGUGCAAAAUAAUGGUCAUUGCGGUCACUUGUGCCUUGCAAUACCAAAUGGAUUUAGAUGUGGCUGUGCUGCUCACUAUACCUUGGAUCCCAACAGUAGGAACUGCAGUUCUCCUACCAAUUUCCUGUUGUUUAGCCAGAAAUCUGCCAUCAGCCGAAUGAUACCUGAUGAUCAGCAAAGUCCAGAUAUCAUCCUGCCUAUGCAUGGUCUAAGGAAUGUGAAGGCUAUUGAUUAUGACCCCUUAGAUAAAUUGAUUUACUGGGUAGAUGGGCGUCAGAAUAUUAUAAAAAGAGCCAAAGAUGAUGGCACUCAGCCUUUUACUGUCAUGAGCUCUCCAAACCAAAGCCAGAACCCAGAGAAGCAGCCACAUGACCUCAGCAUCGAUAUAUACAGCCACACAUUGUACUGGACCUGUGAGGCCACAAACUCCGUCAAUGUUCACAGGCUGAACGGCGAAUCAAUUGGGAUGGUGCUGCGAGGUGACCACGACAAACCCAGAGCCAUUGUAGUGAAUGCAGAGCGAGGGUACAUGUACUUCACCAACAUGCAAGAGCGAGCUCCCAAGAUUGAGCGUGCAGCCCUUGAUGGCACAGAGAGGGAAGUGCUUUUCACAACUGGGUUGAUCCGACCAGUAGCACUGGUGAUUGACAACAAACUCGGAAAGCUUUUCUGGGUGGACGCAGAUCUGAAGCGCAUCGAAAGCUGUGACUUGUCAGGUGCUAACCGUGUGACUCUGGAGGACUCCAACAUCCUUCAGCCAAUGGGCCUGACCGUGCUGGGGAAUCACCUGUACUGGAUUGAUCGGCAGCAGCAGAUGAUUGAGAGAGUGGAGAAAACUAAUGGGUACAAAAGGACUAGAAUUCAAGGCCGAAUUGCUCACCUAACAGGCAUUCAUGCUGUGGAAGAACUUGAUAUGGAGGAAUUCUCUGCACACCCGUGCUCCCGUGACAAUGGUGGAUGCUCACAUAUCUGCAUUGCCAAAGGGGAUGGGACUCCAAGAUGUUCGUGCCCAGAGCACCUUGUGCUUCUGCAGAAUCUCUUAACGUGUGGAGAACCUCCAACUUGUUCCCCAGACCAGUUUACCUGUGCAACUGGAGAGAUUGACUGUAUCCCAAUGGCAUGGCGGUGUGAUGGAUUCCCAGAGUGCGAUGACCAGAGUGAUGAGGAUAGUUGCCCUAUAUGCUCUGCAUCUCAGUUCCAGUGUGAGAAAGGACAAUGUAUUGAUGCACAUUUGAGGUGUAAUGGAGAAAUAGACUGCCAAGAUAAAUCUGAUGAAGUGGAUUGUGAUACCAUUUGUCUGCUCAAUCAGUUCCGAUGCGCCAGUGGCCAGUGCGUCCUCCUGAAGCAACAAUGCGACUCCUUUCCAGAUUGCAUUGACGGCUCAGAUGAGCUCAUGUGCGAAAAAUCAAAGCCGUCCUCAGAUGAACCUCAGCCCCACAGCAGUGCCAUUGGUCCCGUCAUUGGAAUAAUACUUUCCCUUUUUGUCAUGGGAGGAAUGUACUUUGUUUGCCAGCGAGUGGUGUGUCAGCGCUACGCCGGGCCCAAUAGCCCCUUUCCACAUGAGUAUGUCAGUGGCACACCUCACGUCCCUCUUAAUUUUAUUGCUCCAGGAAGUUCUCAGCAUGGCACUUUUACUGGUAAGGAUGGCAUCUCUUGUGGAAAGUCUAUGAUUAGCUCCAUGAGCCUCAUGGGAGGGAGCAGUGGUGCCCCCUUAUAUGACAGAAACCAUGUUACUGGAGCCUCUUCUAGUAGCUCAUCCAGCACUAAAGCCACUUUCUACCCACAGAUCUUGAACCCGCCUCCAUCCCCAGCUACUGAUCGCUCCCUGUAUAAUGCGGAGAUGUUUUAUUCUUCAAACAUUCCUUCAACCACAAGAUCUUACAGGCCUUACCUUAUACGAGGGACAGCUCCACCCACAACCCCGUGCAGCACAGACGUUUGUGACAGUGACUAUACUACUAGUCGAUGGAAGGCCAACAAGUACUAUAUAGAUUUAAAUUCAGACUCAGACCCUUACCCCCCUCCACCCACACCUCGCAGCCAGUACAUGUCGGCAGAAGAAAGUUGCCCUCCGUCUCCUGCCACAGAACGAAGCUAUUUUCACCUCUACCCACCUCCACCCUCUCCUUGUACAGACUCCUCAUGACCUCAACAGAAGGAACUUUUCCUGUAAAUAUUUUUAAAUAUGAACAGAUUUAAAAUAUAUAUUUUAUGAUUUAAAGAUAAAAAGGGGUGGGAAUUAAAAAGAAAAAAAAAGGAAUGUGAAUAAAAAUGGGUGGGAGGGAUGGGGCUGUGAAAAUUGUACAAAGGAAGAAUAUUUAUAAAAUUGAUUUUUUUAACUUAAUUUCCCUUCUUUUGUGCCAUAUUUGCCUUUUUGAAAUCAUGGAACUGACUUACUCUCCAGAGGAUUUGGGGAGGCAAUUUGAGCCGUUUUGCAUUUCAGAUCACCUUUUUACACGUGAAGUGGAUGUAGUUCUUUUUACUAAUGUGAGAAAAGUGAAGUGGCUUGUGGGAAGAAGAGGCUAAAGACCAGUAUUCACAGAGAAGUAAACCUUCUUAAGUAGUUUCAGUGUCUCAUCCCUUCUACACCACUGGGAGAAAACAUGCAAAAAGUACCACAGUCAUAUGCUCCUGUUUGCUAGUGAAUUGAAUGCUUCCCAGCAGAACCUGUGCCCUGAGACCUGGAUUGUGAACCUCGGUCUCCAUUUGCUCAGCACUGAACUGGAAGAACACGUAUUUUAACCAAACCUUCCAGCUUAGCUGGUCCCACAGGCAUCAUGUCCUAACACAUGUGACUACCAUACUGCAUACCGAUUCUGGAACUGAUUGGAGCUAAAAGCAUACCCAGACCUCAAAAGCUUGGCUGAGCUCCAGUCAGUUCCCCACUUUGAGUGCAUGAUAGUAGAAGAAGUUAUACCGACCUGACAGUGUGAGAGCAAGGGGCUCUUAACAGGGUGAAGCUGAGAGAAAUGCCUGACAACCUGUAGCUUUGCUCAGGUUCACCAUUUUAAUUUGAAUGAAACCAAAUUCAAGUUCCUUCAUCCUUGUCUAGCAGCUGCUUCCUCGUGAGGCUUUGGUGACUUGUCUGGGAAAGAGCUGUAGCAGUCAGCUGCUUCUCAAAUUACAGUGGUACUUCACUUUUUACCCUGAAGUCCAGUAAUUCCUCUGAGCUGGGUCUUUGAGAUGUUCACCUGUGUUGAAUUCAUCAGAAAAUUGCUUCGUCUCCAAUGUUCAUUUCCCAAAGUGGGAUGAUACGGUGGCCUGCAUUCAUUUAAGUGAGGAAAGUUGUUUUGUUUGUAGGAAAUGGUAUCUGCUGAGCUCAAAACCAAAACAUCUGCCAUUCGAACAGUUUAGUCAUGUCAUCAAAAUUUGCCACCAAAUUAGUCCAGAUUUAGAAGUAUAAAAAGCACGGGGAGGAAGGAGAGAAGCCAAAUACAUCUGAUUGUAUUAAAAUAAAAGGAACUCUGCAACAAACUAGUGUAUCCUCAGGACACUGUCAUCAGUGAAGCGUUCAUGCUUCUAGCUUCUACCAAACCCUUCUGUGAAAGGGAGUCUGGGAUAAGUGCCUUUCACAGUACGGAAGAUAAAUUUUUGCUUUGAUUCAUCUCUUGUUGUAACAAAGGGAUUUGGGUAUUGAAUGGCAAUUUUCAUCUCUGAUGAUGUGUGUGCCUACCUGGGAUAUCUGAGGGAAAAUGAAUAUGCAGACCUGCACCUGUUUCUGCAGCUGCUGAAUAACAUGUGGUGGCUCUUUGACAGCCUUAAUAUUGUUGGCAACAGUGAAACAUUUUUCCUUUUUGAACUUAAAUUAUGUUUGGAUCGGUGUCUUUUGAACAAAAGAAGCCUAGGAUUCCAGGGCAAAGGUCCUUGUAGUGGAGGGGCUGGGACCAUGGAGUUCCAAUCCAGUUUUUUGUGUUUAUGGAUUUGUUAGUCCAGGUCUGUUCUUCCUGCCUAUGUUGUUCAAGGAUAAUAUUGGUGCUGUCACUGUUGUAUUACUGAAACUCUUCGAGUAGAUUUCAUUACCUUCAUGGCUAAAUUUUUGCUUCUGAGUUUCACAUUUGGCACGAAGAUGAUGCCCACCAUUUCCUGUGGAGAAAAAUAGAGAACUGGAGAAUCCAGCGCUGGAGUUUAAGAAAGGAUUCUCUUCCCCCAUCCCCUGCCCAUGUUAGCAGUUCUGUAGUAUCCCAGGAGGAACAAGGCCAUCGUUUGUUACUCUUUGAGUGACUGACUAUGCAGAUCUCCGAGAAAGCGUUAAUGAUUUGGUGAAAAAAAAGAAGAUUUUAAUGUGACCGUGUUUCAGUGAACUAAGUGAUGAAUCUAGAUCCACAGAUAUUUUGUGUAUCACAUAAUCGUAUGAAUGUUCUGCAUUACAGCAGUUGGUCGAAUUUCAUGUCAUAUAUCAUUUUGUGCAUAACUAUUGGCCAUUUGUAAUGAAUGUGUUCGUUGUUUCAUGUUACAGUUCCAGCUUAGAGCCAUACCAUGUUGAUUUUCCUGUGUUCCUGUGAUGACACUGGAUGCAAGAUUACUUUUUUUUUCUUUCCUUAAACCACUGAUCAUUUUAAAGAGCCACCACUGUAGCAAUCCCAACCACUUUGUCUUAUUUUCCUAUUACAAAGUUUGGAGUUGAGUCCAGAAAAAAUUAGUAGUCUUGCUGAGAGUCAGACUGUCUUAAGGACCAAAGGAAUUUGACCCUUAAGUACUCAGAAGGACGCAAGCACUUGCUGAAUGGAAUGAAUUGUGUGCACUCCUGUAUUUCAAUUGGAUGUUCAGAACAUCUUGCUGCUGAUGUUUGCUGAGAAAUUACUUCAUCUGAGGCGCUUCAGGUUUUGUGAUCAGAAUGCAGGUUCCACGCUGCUCCAUAGAAUUGACUUGAAAAGCCUCUUCUAAAGAGAACUUGUAUGCAAAUAUAGCAUCUAAAGAUUUAAAUACUAAAAUAUUACUUUUGGUUGCUGUAGGCUAUCUACUCUAAAAAGGUUACUGCGCUCCUGGUGUCAGAAAUGACCAUGUGUUUGAGUGAGAAGAGCUACUUCUCUCCAGAAAUAACCCCCAAUGUGUUUUUAGUAAAGUACGCUUUCCAUCCUGUGAACCUUCAGGCUAAAACUUAGAAAAUAGAUGCUUCUUCUAGAUCAGGAUGAGGGAAAGAGUUGCGUGGAAUUAUUGAAAGUGUAUGGCAGGUUGUAGCAGUGGAAGGCUGAACAGGAAAUAAGUGGGGAAAAGUUGUGUUUUGUUGAGGUUUAGACAUGGUUCUGUUAAUGCAGAAAGGUGCUAUGAGAAAGGCUGAAAUAUCCUGGGAGUUCUCUCCCCUGAGAACCUGCAGUUUUGUGAUUGGACUUCCUGUGUGAGCUUCUGAGUACUUGAGUCAGAUUACUGACAUAUUUUCAAAACCCGUUAUGACUGUAUAUUAGCACUUUAAAGCAGCUUGGGGAUGGAGUACAGAGCUGUGUCUGGAUAGCGGCUAGUAAUGGGCAAAUGACCCGAUUGAUUUUGUGUUACAUUUAAGGACAGAUUUCAUAGCAGAGAGCAGCUUAUUUGCCUUCUAGUGCAGUCACAAAGGCGGCUACAAGGGUCAUUUUCUCUCUGUAGAAUUUAUUCUGUCUGUGGAACAAGUGCAGUAGCAGUGUGAAGCUGUAAGGUGAAUGGGCAGACUUAAAAAUCAUGAUCUUCAUUGGCAAAGUAUCCUUUGAUUUCAAGCAAAGAGUUAGUGUGAAUUCUAGAUGGGCUUCAGCUAGACUGAUCGGCACCCUGAAAUUUGCAAUGGGUUAAUUAAUUUGAUCGUUAUUGCUGGGUGAUAUUGAGGAAACCUUGUUAGCACUGCUCCUGUUGUUUCACUGCUUCAAUUUAACUAUCUGGAUAGAUGGCUAAAGAGCACUCAAGCUAAGAUCAAAUCAAGUCUAUAAUGUACAAUAAAUUGUGUUUUCUUUAGUGUAGUGACAUUACAAAAUGCCCCCAAAAAAUUAGAUUGUGCCAUAAUUAACAUGUUCUAAAGAAGAAGGGUGAAAUAAGUUGAAAUUUCCUUCUUUUUGAGUAGCGAGUUUGAUUUGUAGCAAUAAAGCUUGAUCUCUGUGGUUGUAGAUCUAAGACACAUCAUGUUCUCCCCAUUUUUAGGGGGGCAACUGGUGCCUCUUGGAUCCUGGGGCUUUUGAAACUCUGAAGUGUCUGUGCACAGCAGCAAUCUGUAAGGACUGGCCAUGCUGUGCUGAGCUACCAGCGACAUGGGCAUUCACCCAUUGCCUGUAGGGUCAGAUCCCUUUGCUACAGAGAGCUCUGGGGCUGCCCUGCAUCAGAGCCUGUGGAGCACAUUGUAGUACAUUACGAGUGUGGUCAGUGGGACUUGACAAAAGUUGUGUGCCCUGUGUGCUCCGAGCAUUAUCAAAAGCCAAUCUUUUCCGAUGUCAGUCAUUUUGUUGGGGUAUGUGUUGAGUCAGUCCAAAUGAGUAGCUGUGCUUAUAAUUGUACUACAAGUGAUACCCAUUAAUGUCAGGAAAUGAAAACAGAAGGCAGGCAUGUUCCCAGUAAUUAAUAACACACAGGAGUGCCUGGCAUGGAGCCCUGGAUUAGAAGUAACGUAUUUGCUGCUACAGUGCUGAGGGACAUUUUGCAAACUUCCAUGUUUGGGACAAGUCACAAUCCAAGAUGACAGACGUACAGAACGGUUAUUCAGUUGUUUCUGUUUAAUAAUGAGCGCACUAUAAAUGAUGAGUGCAGUCCUCACCAGAAGUUUCAAAGUGCCUGCUGGUUCUGUUACUGUUCCCUUACGUACUGUAACGCUUUCCUCAUUAAAUGUAAAAACCCCUUUCUUUAACUAUCAGGGGUUCAGCUGAACAGCUGGAGGUAUUUCCCAUGUGUUAAAAGAAAUAUUAAUAUGCAUAGGUAUUUUCAUUCCUGUCACGUGUUCUAGAUCUCCUUCCUGAGAACACUUAAUGAAGGUUUUGUAAAGGGUACUUUUCCUCUAUUUUGUGUAUUUUGCAGUUGGCCAACUGUGCUGUGGGUCUGCUCAUGUGAGAUCAUGCUUCUGGGCAGGGAGAGGGGAGGAGAAACAGAUUUAAAUCAGUGUUAAACCUACUGAUAGGAAUGAUGGCUUCUGCAUCCCACAACCAAGUCCUUCAAAUGCCGUGUCCUGCGGUUGCUGGGGAUGCUCCCAGCUGCCCAUGGCAGAGAGGCACUGCAAUCAGGCUGUCUCCAGCACAACCCACAGCCCCAGUGCAGCCCACCUAGGGGGGAAGGGGCUGCUUCUUCAGCCAGUGCAGAAUCCUGCUGGAUAGAAGAUGGCAGAAACAAUUCCUAACCAGGACACUUUCCGUCAACAAAACACGUGCAGAGAACAUGCCUUGAAAGAGGAGAAAAGCAAGUCUGACAGCUGCAGAGAUGGACCAAUUCACCAGCAUUUAUGUUUUUGUUGAGCAAGUGCCCCCGCUGAUGUACCUUCCUCUGAGCGGUGCUCCCAGGGGGAACCAUGUCUGAUGAAGGCAGCGAUGUUCCACUUAUAUUUGUACAGAGAUCCUGCAAUGCGUAAACGGGAACAGAAGUAUUUUAAUUGCAACCACAAAUGCAAUAGUAAUAAAUGGAAUUAAAUCAGCCUGCAGAGGUAAAAACAAAAGCAGUUGAAAAGUGCUUUGCUGUUGGAUGUGAAAUUUGGAGGGCAUCAUCGACAAAACUCUAACCCGGACCGCUUUCUUACUUACCUAAUUGUAUUGUAAUUGCUGCUAUUUGUAAAUGUACAUGAAUAUACAAAGAUUACUAAGAUUUUUUAUGAUAAAUACACACGAUCUUUUUUAUAUUUAUAUUAAAAUGUGUAUUCUGCAAACAACCUAA